AUGGCUAAUCAAGAAGCCUCCAUCAAUAAUUUAGAGAAUCAAAUGGGCCAGAUUUUGAAGAAAAUAAAUGAACCAACUCAAGGCUCUUUUUUUGGGAAUACAGUGGAAAAUCCAAAAGAAUUCUGCCAAGCAAUUAUUACAAGGAGUGGAAAGGUGAUAGAGCCACAACCUAAGAAGAAACCACUUGAAAAAGAAGAUGAUCUGCUAUAUCCACACAUUCCCAAGAACAAAGGAAAGGAAGAGCAAUUUUCCAAAUUCCUGGAUAUUUUCAGAAAGUUGCACAUAAAUAUACCAUUUGCAGAAGCGCUGGAACAAAUACCUUUGUAUGCUAAGUUCAUGACGGAAUUACUUUCAAAGAAGAGGAAAUUAAAAAAGGAUGUUAUGAUAGCUUUAACCGAGGAAUGCAGCGCAAUAUUGCAGCAAAAGUUGCCUCCUAAGUUGACUUAUCCAGGAAGCUUCACAAUCCCCUGCAUUAUAGGGAAUGUGACCAUUGGGAAGGCCUUAUGCGACUUGGGGGCCAGCACUAACUUGAUGCCGCUCUCCAUUCUGAAGAAAUUGGGAGUGGGAGAAGUUAAAAGUACAAGAAUGGCUCUCCAACUAGCUGACCGGUCCAUCAAGUACCUAUAUGGUGUAAUGGAGGAUGUGUUGGUGAAGGUGGACAAAAUGAUUUUUCUAGCAAAUUUUGUUAUCUUGGAUAUGGAUGAAGAUUCUGAGGUGCCUAUGAUCCUAGGAAGGCCAUUUCUAGCCACUAGAAGGGCUUUGAUUGAUGUUCAACAAGGAAAAUUAAUGUUAAGGAUGCAUGAUGAGAAGGCUCCUCACUUGAAGCACAGUCUUGCUCAUAGUGAUGCACGGCCAUGCAUAAGCACGACUGUGCUUUUAUCACUGUCAUGGGCAUGCUUGUAUAAGCACGGUCGUGCUUCUAUUGUAGCAGGGGCGUGCUUAUCAGUAAGCACGGGUGUGCAUGUAGAAUCAGCAUAG